CCGUCAACAUAGAGGAGAGUGCUGAAAAUGAGCCACCGCUGUGACAUCCAGUUGGACAAUCCCCGGGGGGCCUAUCGGGCCGGUGAGACGGUCAAUGGUCACGUAUACUUGACCCUUUCGGAGCGGGCUUUAAUCAAAGCAAUAUGUUUGGAGGCCAAUGGCUAUGCGAGUACCGCCUGGCAGCAGCCCCAAAAGCAGAAAAAAUCUAAGAACAAAGAGGAGCAAGUGCAGAAUCAGUAUUUGGACUUUGAUUAUCGCGUGGAUUAUUUUGCCAAAAUCGAUUAUUUUGUGGGCUCGGAGGCCUCACAGCCCCAGAUAAUGGAAGCGGGCUCGUACAAUUACGGUUUUCAUCUAAAACUGCCCAAGAACUGUCCCGGUAAUUACGAGGGAGCCCACGGUCACAUCCGGUACACACUCCAAGUGCUAGUCCACAGUAGUGCAGAUCGACCGCUGGAGGCUCUUCACGUGCGGCAGCUGCAGAUUUUCCCCGAGAACAAUCUCAGCCAGGAGACACGAAGCAGCGAAGUGCAGAUCCACGAGCAGACCCCUCGACUGAAAUUCUGGAUGAAACCACUACACUUGCAGCUCCAGAUUCCCAGGCAGGGCUAUUCGCCAGGAGCGGGCAUUUCCGUUCACGUGAAGCUGCACAAUCCGGAGAAACUGCCACUCCGAGAAGUAAGGUACUCCCUCGUUCAGAUCAGCACUUAUGUGGCACAUUUGAGGAACAAGCCCAAGCGCUUGGAGAGCAAAGUAGAACGACAAACGAUCCUGAGCAGUAGCCACGAGCUCCAUAGCCUGCCUCGUGGUGAGCUGCAGAGUUUCCAACACCUUCACAUGCUUCAAGUGCCCCAAACUGCGGCUACUUUGAGUCUGGCAGGAUGUGCUUGCAUACAGCUUAAUUACGAGGUGGAGGUGCUGGUGACGACUCAGCAGGAGAAACGCUUCAUUGCGUCCCGGAUUCCAGUGAUCAUAGGCAAUGUGACGCCGCCUUGUCCUGGCAGACUUCUGAUGCAAGAGCCGCUCGAUGCCACUGCUCCGGAACCCACGCCCCCUGCCGAAACUGCCAACAAGUUGGCCCCCAAUUUCAGCGUUUCAAUGACCUCUUUGGCUUCUAAUUUUCGCGAAGCCGAGUUCAUGGUCGCUACCAAUCUAAACAAAACCAACAAACACUACUUGUCCGGAGAGCAGUUGGACUUUAGGCCACGCUAUGUCUACUACGAAAUGGAACAGACUCAAUCGGAGGAAGUCAAGUCCCAUUGAUUGCAACAAAGCACUCUAUAAUUCGAUUUAAAAACAAUAAAUUUAAACGUUUUCAUGUUAACCUGAAAUGUAACAUAAAACAGUUAUACAAGUAUAGUUUUUAAUUAAAAGGUUAAUAAUGAAAAUAUUAAAUUUUAAUGCUUUGUCCGCUUUAUUUUUUUAAUUUCCAUGGCUCGCAUCAAUUCAACUGCUUCUUCUUUUUACUCUUUUCAUAUUACAAUACCAUUUAAAUAAUGUUUACUUUAAAUACGUGUAUAAUUAAAUAAAGCAUAUAAUGGUAUUAUAAAAA